CCGCGGCGCUCCCGGAGGGGCUGAGCAAAACAAACAUGUGGCCUUUGUCUCAGGAGACUGAGCUAUUGACUCUUGGGGACUCUUCAGCAUAGUUCCUAAAAGUGAAAGCAGAGUCAGCCAUAAUGACUCACUGCCCACGAUAAAGGCUUAUAGAGUGCUGCUUUUCUGGAUACAACUGCGUCCGUGCCCUGAAGAAGUACAGUCCACUUCUGUUACAGCGCUUUGUGAGCAAGCCCAAUUGUUCCUGAACCAAACAUACUUAAGGACCUCCUUCUGGAUGACCAAUGUGUGUGUUAACCUAUUAUAUCGGAAACUAAGUCUCCAACUUCCCAUUCAUUCCAGCUGGUAGCAACGCUUAUAAUGCAAAAAAAUCACAAUUCAGGAUCACACAAACAUUACUCGUAAAACUUUCUAGAUGAUUGUAGUUGCUUUGGUUGUGUUCUAUGCUAGCAGAAGCCUUUUUCAAGGUUUACUGUUGACUCUAGAGCACCACAUUCCCCGUUUACUGGGAGCCUUGGGGGCUAGCAAUAUGGGGAACUCAUGUGUUUGCCGCGAUGACAGUGGAGCAGAAGACAAUGUGGAAUCUCGGAGUCGGCAAACGGAGAACAGUAGAGUACACGUACCUGAAGCAAGAAGCCACCCAAGGGACCCUGUCCGUCCACCCAGGAGGGGUCGAGGGCCUCAUGAACCAAGAAGGAAAAAACAGAAUGUGGAUGGGCUAGUACUUGACACACUGGCUGUAAUUCGGACGUUAGUAGAUAAUGACCAGGAGCCUCCUUAUUCAAUGAUCACGUUGCAUGAAAUGGCAGAAACAGAUGAAGGCUGGUUGGAAGUUGUCCAAUCUUUAAUUAGAGUUAUUCCAUUAGAAGAUCCCCUGGGACCAGCUGUUAUAACGCUACUACUUGAUGAAUGUCCACUGCCAACAAAAGAUGCAUUACAAAAGUUAACUGAAAUAUUAAACUUAAAUGGAGCUGCUGCUUGCCAGGAUGCUUGUCACCCUGCCAAACACCGGAAUACUACUGCAGUACUGGGCUGCUUAGCAGAGAAGUUAGCAGGUCCUGCGAGUAUAGGCUUACUCAGCCCAGGCAUAUUGGAAUAUUUACUUCACAGCUUGAACUUCCAGUCCCAUCCGACAGUGAUGCUUUUUGCACUAAUAGCACUGGAGAAGUUUGCACAAACAAGUGAAAAUAAAAUUACAGUUUCUGAAUCGUGCAUUAGCGACCAACUGGUCUUGCUAGAGAAAUGGACAGAUAAUCCAGACUAUUUAAAACGCCAGGUUGGAUUCUGUGCCCAGUGGAGUUUAGACAAUCUGUUUUUAAAAGAAGGCAGGCAGUUUACAUAUGAGAAGGUUGACUUGACCAACAUUAGGGCUAUGCUGAACAGUAAUGAUGUCAGUGAAUACCUGAAGAUCUCACCACAUGGAUUAGAGGCUCGAUGUGAUGCGUCAUCCUUUGAAAGCGUUAGAUGUACGUUCUGUGUCGAUUCUGGAGUUUGGUACUAUGAGGUUACAGUCAUUACUUCGGGAGUGAUGCAGAUAGGAUGGGCUACCAAAGACAGCAAAUUUCUCAAUCAUGAAGGUUAUGGCAUUGGGGACGAUGAAUACUCCUGUGCAUAUGAUGGCUGCCGGCAGCUGAUUUGGUAUAAUGCCAGAAGUAAACCACAUUGCCAUCCCUGUUGGAAAGAAGGAGACACAAUAGGUUUUCUACUAGACUUGCAAGAAAAGCAAAUGAUCUUCUAUUUAAAUGGAAACCAGCUUCCUGCUGAGAAGCAAGUAUUUUCGUCUGCUGUAUCUGGCUUUUUUGCUGCAGCUAGUUUCAUGUCCUAUCAACAAUGUGAGUUCAACUUUGGGGCAAAGCCUUUCAAGUACCCACCAUCAAUGAAGUUUAGUACCUUUAAUGAUUAUGCCUUUCUGACAGCGGAAGAGAAAAUCAUUUUGCCCAGACACAGGCGCCUGGCUUUGCUGAAGCAAGUGAGUAUCAGAGAGAACUGCUGCACGCUUUGUUGUGAUGAGGUAGCAGACACAGAACUCAGGCCGUGUGGACACAGUGACCUGUGCAUGGAGUGUGCCUUGCAACUGGAGACCUGCCCUUUGUGUCGACAGGAAAUACAAACCCGAGUCAGACAGAUCUCUCACAUUUCAUGACACACGUGGAGAAAUACUACAGACUUGUUUUUAAUGAACUCCAACCAAUACUGAAAGGGGAAAGCAUCUCUAACCAAUCUUUACGCACAUAGAACCAUAGCCAUGGCCAGAUUUCAUGCUAAACUGUAAUCUGUUUAUCUUAAAAAAUGAAAUCUUUAAUAAGCUAUUUCAAGUUGCCAGCAACGGGGACUGGUUUCAACAGUAAGGAAAGCUGGUAGUCAGCGUGCUAUGGCUAUUGGUUCCUCCAAGCAAGACCAUAGGAGAGUGUCUCUCUUCCUCCCCCUUUCCUUCUCACCUGUCGCAAGUGUUGAAAAAAUUUGCACUGGAAGUACACAUACAAUGCAUUUUAGAAAAGAAGUUAAAAGAAAUAUCUCCUAAAACAGGGCUGUUCUGUCUUGUGCUCGAAAGUCUUAUUUUUGGCAGAAGUCAGUACUAAAAAGAGAAUGCCAAUGUUUUCCUGUUCAAUGUAGCCUCCUGCUGGUCAGAGACUCUGUAUUUUCCGACAGUGGAUAUUAAACUGCUCAAAGACUUAAUCUGUACACAGACUGAUUUGAAAAGACAGUGUGGAGACUGUAGAGAAACUCACAUGUUUUAAUAACUUGGUGAUUCCAAAGAAUGUUCUGAUUUGUUUUUAAAUGUUAAAAGAUCGGUGGUAUUUUCAAGUACAUAAUGUUUCUGAUGCUUUUAACUUCAGUACCCACAUUUUUUUGUGAGGAUAUAAUUUUCAGGAGGUAUUCUUAACUAAUUAUAACGCUGGACUGGAAUUAAUUUGAUAUUCUGGGUAUUUUUUAAGGUAUCAUCAAACAUCUUUUUUAAUCAGUGUUGUUUUUGAAAGUUAUAUUCACUUUGGAAAUAUUGAGCUGUAUUAGAUUGGAGGAGAAUUUUGGGCCAGUUUAUUUAAAAAAAGAAAUGUUAUUUGGAUAGCAAGUUCAGUCUUAUUCUGUAACUCUUUAAAAAUGCACCUUGCUUGCCACGUGUCAGUCCUGCUCUGAGCAGGUUUGGGGCCACACUUUGUAUUUUUGGUAGGGAUCAUACAGUGGGAAUCUCUGCUCCAGUUUAAUUACACAUUUGUGAUGUUUGUAUGUUAAGGAUGCAUUUCAGCAGGCAGCUUUUGAUUGUUUUACUAGGUUUCUAUAAGGAAUCGGGGUUCACAGCUGGUGUCAGUGAAGUAGCACAAAAAUUGGUAGAGUUAUGCUUAUUUUGCACCAACUGAGGAUAUGACUCGGUCUCUUCCAAGACUUGUACAGGUUGCUUUUUUAAAUUAUCUGGCUAUAUAGUAGAACUUUACUAAUUCACACACAACUUCCACCAAAACCAUCCCACUUCUUGGCAGUGAUUCAACAGCAGAGGCUGUUGUAGUGAAUUCUCAUGCUGCGAUAAUUCUUAUUUUUAAAAUAAUUUAUUAUCUUUAUUGUACUAUCAAGUAUUAACAAAGCAGAGCUGAGGCUGCUUCUUCCUGCUGAGCAAUCUUGCUUCCUGCUGACCUAAAUAGGAGCUGAAAGCUCUGCACACGGGUCCCAGAAUCAAGCUGUCUAGCAACUCCUUUCACCUUCUGCCUUUGCUAACUCAAGGGUGCUGAAUUUCAUCCAGAGAUUUUAAAAAAAAAAAAAGGGGGGAAAAAAGUGUCUCCAUUGAACCUCUGGAGUACAAUGUGUGAAUUAGAAAAGUUCUGCCCAUUGUUUUCUUGUUGACUUUUUUCCAAAUAUAGUCUGAAUCCAAAAACAGAGUGCUGGUUAGUCUUUUUGCUAAAAUGUGAAUUCUCUUCCGCCUUGGAUGCCUGUUUUGAUUAAAGUCAGACUGGCAAAUCUGUGCCACGGGGACCUCAUUUCCUCACUAACUGUCCUUUAUGAUGUUUUGCUGUAAGCCAUGUUGCCAGUCAGGGCUGAGUCCCUUCCUGCUCAGUGCUGAGUGAGCAAACGUGAACACCAUCACUGCCACAAGGAUCUUAGUAUUUCAGAAUCACUUGAAGUUUUAAAUGCUUCCAAAUGCAAUGAUAGGCUUUUAUCCCUAAGGUACAAAGAUGCAAACCAUACUUUAGGGAAGAGGUGGGACAGAACCAUUUUGAACUCUGCCUUAAUAGAUUCUAGUAACUUCAGGGCUUUGGUUUCCCUGGCCAGGAUUAACUGAGGUAAAAUUUUCAGAAGUGCCUAGGACUCCUGAUUCGUAUCAACUGCUGUAUGAGAUUAAGCUCUUAAGGCCCAGGUCCACAAUGGCUUCUAGGUAUCUGGUGUCCCCUUGAAAUGGAGGUGACCUAAGAGCCUUGCUGCCUUUGUGGACAUGGGACUAAGUGCCUGCAUUCUUUGUUGAAAAGAUAUGAACGCUUUGGAAAAUUUUGCCCCAGACUGUCUUCCGUGCAGCUGCUGCUGGGCAGAGAAAGCCAACGGUGCCGGAGGAGGGAGCUGUGUUGCAGAGAACUGUCCUGUUCAUUUCACAGAGGAAGAGACUGUACAAUUCAACUGGCUUUCUGCUGAAAUCCACGAUGGGGGCGUCGUUGUAAAGCUUGAUCUUCUAUGACUGGUGCAGUGCCCGCCUUGGUCCCUCACGCCCCAAAGGCUCUAGGGCUGGGGAGGGGAGGCGGUGGCUCUGCAGGCCCUCAGAAGGCAAAAUGAAUUGUAGCAAAGUUGUCCAUUCAACAAUAAAAACAUCUUGAAGGCUA